AAAGAAUAAAAAUAAUAGGUUCCCUGCCCGCGGAUUACGUUGAAAAAUCAUUUAAAGAACUACCGUGUACCGAAUUCAUUUCCAAGAAAAGACAAGAUCUAAAGUGGUGAUUUAUCUACUACUGAACAUUUUUUAUACUUGUAAGUAGCCAUGUCUUUAGAUUUACUGCUAUUAAAUUUGGAGUCUGAUUUGUACACUUACGAUUAUUUUCAACAAAAUGAUGUAUGCCGGUUUUGUUGGAGAAGGCAAGCUCUUUCUCAAUUAAUUGAAAUAUCAACGGACAGAACAACUGAAAAUUAUAUAAUGGACAAAAUAACUGAAUGUUUAGAUAUCGAUAUUUCGAGAUGUGCAUGUCCGAAAAUGAUUUGCACAGAAUGCUUCGGGCAAAUUAACAGUUUUCACAAUUUCAAGAAGUUUUGUCAAGAAUCGGAUAGGAGAUUGCGUAAACUAGUCAGCAAUCACGAAUUAUUGAUCGCGAACGGCGCCGAUACGGUCAAAAUCGAAAACCAUGCCGUUAAGAAGGACGGUCAUUUUGAUGAUUUUCUCGACCGCCUGAAGGCUUCCGACAGUGAAUCCGAGCUCGCAAUAAUUCUGAAUGAAAAGAAAGUGUGGAAACGCAAACCUAAACGUACAGCGACUUAUUGCAAUAUAUGUAGGAUAGAUUUUGAAAAGGCUGAAAAAUUCAACACUCACAACUCCAAAUACCAUGGUAUUGAAAAAGGUGGUGGAUUUAAAUGCUUCGGCUGCGAGAGACUGUUCAAAAACCGCAAGUCACGGCUAGGCCACGAGAUCAAGUUCUGCAAAAGUCUUAAAGACGGUUACAAAUGCAGUGUGUGCGAUAGAUACUUGCCGAGGCGGGGAAUGUAUGAAUCACAUAUGAGAGAUCACAAGAGAAAUGUGAAAGUGCACCUUCCGGAAGAGUUAUUUAAGUGUCUGAAGUGUGAUUUGUCAUAUAGAACAAAGCAAUUAUUAGAUGAGCACAUGUUUCAACAUAAGAGCGAUAUGAAGAAGUAUGUCUGCGAGAGUUGCGGCCGCGUUUUCACCAGGAAUGACUAUCUACUCAAACACAAGCUCACGCACACUGGAGAGAAACUGCAUCAAUGUCCGCACUGUAGCUUCCGAGCCACGCAACGCUCUUCUCUCACUGUGCAUAUUAGAAGACAUACCGGUGAGCGUCCGUACCAAUGCUGCAUUUGCCCGCAGAGAUGCAUAUCCAGCUCAAACCUGCGAGCUCACCAGCAGAGACACUUGGGAAUUAAAACGCAUGAGUGUAAAAUCUGCAACAAGAAGUUCGGUUAUAAGGUAAGUCUGCAAGAACACAUGGCGACACAUGCGCCGGCGCAAGCGCACGCCUGCGAACAAUGCGCUGCCUCUUACUCACGCCUGCGGGCACUGAAAAGGCAUAUGGCUGCUAAACACACCGAGAAGAUGCCACCAGAAUGAAAUAUGUUGAAGGAAUACACAUCUCCAAUACUCAUGUACUUUGUUUUGUGCUUAAGACGCUUAUAUAGCUUCAUAUCACACUCAAUUAGAUGUGACCAGAAUGAAAGAUGCAGAAGGAAUACAAAAUUCAACUUACGCCUUAGAGCAAUGAGUUGUCGCAUAAAUUCAUCAACAAGAACUGCAGAGUGAUAUAACUGCAAAACAGAAGAUCAACUCGUACCUACUCAUUUGUCACCUCUUGCUCACGAGUGGCAUUAUCUGCCAAAGUCCUUUCAAAUGUUCUUAUAAGCUAUAUCAUUUCUUGUUUAUUAUAUUAAUUUUGGAGUGAAAAAAAAGCGGUAAAAUCUACAUAACAUAUUUAGUUAUCAAUCACUAUAAUAAACCAUAUAUGAGACCAGUUGAACUUUGGCAUUUUUCGGUAUCCUAUUAUUAUUUUAUUAUAGGUUUAUUGCUUCUUUUACUUUUCUUUAGUUCUUUGUGUGAAAUUUAACAUACAGCAGGGCUAGGCAUGGGCAGGAGACAUUUCCUCCACGGGGAAUGGAUAAAAUGUGUAUUCCCUCCCGAAAUUAUAUCCACCCUCCGAGCAUGGGCACACGCGUGAACAUACGAGGGGAGGUCCAAAAGUUCGUGGAAUGGAAGGGUUUGAAAUAAAAUGAAGCAACAAAACUAUUUUUCCUUUUCAAUAUAAUCACCC